UACAUACAUAUGUGUCUUAUGUUUUAUGUGUGUGAGUGACAAUUGCAUAUUAAUACAAAGUGAUACUAAGUGAAACAAUUUUGGCAACUCCUGCCUCUGUAAAAUUAAAUUUUAACGCAAUAAUGUUACCAAAUAACGGUUCUUCUGAUACAAAAUUACCUAUGGAAUUGAAUUUAAGUGAAAGCUCUAUAGUGAAUGAGGAGAGUACUCAACAGAGGACAAAAUGUUGCUCCGUAAACUCUCCACAGGAUACGCCAAUGCUGCAACAUGACUAUGAGGCUGUGCUUGAUAUGAUAGGUUUCGGUCGUACGCAAUGGAUAAUGUUACUGGUAUGCGGCAUGCUGUUGAUGGUGCUAAUUAAUGAAACAAUGGGCAUGAGCAUUAUAACGAUUGCUUCACAAUGUGAUUUUGCUACAUCCUCAGUUGAUAAGGCUGUCAUGAAUGCGGCUAGUUUCGUAGGUAUUGGAUUGUGUUCAUACGUUUGGGGCUAUCUCAGCGACACAACAGGACGGCGGACAGUAUUGCUUUAUUCAACAGUUGGAGCAACGCUCUUCUCGACCAUAUCCAUGUUCAUACCCAACUACUGGGUUUACGUAUUUAUGCGAUUCGUUGUUGGCCUUUUCAUUGCAGGCCCUUCCAGUACAACUUAUGCAUAUUUGGGAGAAUUUUACACAACGCGUCAUUGUGCGGUAGUUCUCAAUUAUGCCAGUCUGUUUGUAGGCAUAGGAAUGGUGUACGUACCGGCCAUUGCUUGGUUGGUACUGACUAUGGAUUGGUCCCUUCAUAUAAGUGAAAAUUUCACUUUUCGGCCAUGGCGUGUUUUAACGCCUUUUUAUUUAUUACCGGGUCUCAUAGCAACUGUGGUAUUAACAGCACUACCAGAGAGUCCCAAAUUACUUUUAUCAUUGGGUAAAGAUGAAGAAGCACUGACAGCUGUUAAUUGGAUUUGUAGGCGUAAUACUGGUAAAGAUUUGAAGCAGUUAGGUGUGGAAAAAUUAAGGGCCGAAGAAACAAUGGAAGUAGACAAAAAGUUUUUAAGAAGCAAGUCGUGCUAUGAUACAAUUAAGCAUAUUUGGCUGGAAACUCGUCCGUUACUGCGUCGUCCAUAUGUUUUAAAUUUCAUGAUAUGCUGCACGUGUAUGAGCGGCAUGUUUUUCAGCUCUACCGGCAUGGCUCUUUGGUUUUCAGAAAUUCAAAACAGAGUUAGCUCAAAUGCAGAUGGGAGAACAUUAACUAUCUGCGAGUUGAUAACUCAAUCAAAUGGUGACUCAGUUAACAAUUCUACAAAGCCUUGUACCGAUCACAUCAGCAAUAAAAGCUAUCUUGAUUCGAUUUACCUUGGCUUGUGUUUUAUCGCAGGCUAUGCUUUGGUAGGCGUGAUAAUAAAUAUAUUUGGACGCAAAGCUACAAUUAUUGGAUCGAUGUUCCUCAGUGCGGCCUGCUGUUUAGCUUUGAAUUGGUUGACCGAUCCAAUCGCGAUCGUCAUUUUCUUUAUUGUAUUUGUCACCAUGCCAGGCGUCUGUGUGUCCUUGCUAGGCAGUGGAGUGGUGAAUUUGGUGCCCACAUAUUUGCGCGGCAAAGCUGUUUGCAUUUGCUUUCUAAUUGGGCGUGCGGGAAGCGUAUUUGGUAGUAACAUUAUUGGAGCGAUGCUAGAAUCAUAUUGCAAUUUGACAUUUAGCCUUUUUAGUGGCAUCAUAUUUGUCAGUAUGUUGCUCAUAUUGAUACUGCCUAUUUGAAUGCAAUUAAAAAUUCUAAGCGAAUGCCAAUUAAAGUAAAAUACGUGCUACGCCCACAUGUAUGCAAAAAUAUAUACGUUUGCUGUAAUAUAAAAUUGCACUUAGUAAUUUAUUUUUAAGUUAUACGUACCAUAAUUUUAAUUACACCUGGUUACAUAGUUUAAAAGUAAGUCGUUUUAGGAAUAAUAUGUAGUCGAUAACUUAUUCAAUUUAUUUUGCAUAGUUGUUUUCCAGUAAAUGCAUAGGAACAUGAUUGUACUAGUAUUGUAUAAUAAAAUUGUAUUCCCUGCUAACCAACUAGUUCCGAACUAGUUCAGGUUUACUAAAAUAUCAAAAGAGUAGUUUU